AUGCGGGCAACCUUUCGUCUCCUGACGCGGUCGUCUUGGAAGGGUCCAUACAUUGUCCCUCUUCCGAUUCAAGCAGCCGCGGUUGGCUCACGUAUUCCUCCUAUCAAGACCCAAGCCCGCUCCUGCACAAUCCUCCCGAACUUCGUCGGUUUAAACUUCCUCGUCCAUAAUGGAAAGACAUAUGUACCUGUCCACAUCACCGAAGACAUGGUAGGGUACAAACUAGGAGAAUUCUCGCCGACACGAAAACCACACGUUAACGGCAAAGUUAUGCAACAGAAGAAGAAAUAA